AUGUCGAACGAAACUGCUUCAGCUAUUGACGUGGCUAGGCUACGCAAAGUAUUCUUGAGCUUUGUUGGCGGGUCCAGAGCGAUUAAAAGUUCCAAUGAAGCAGAACUGUUCGUUCGGUCGCUCCUUGGAGCAGAAGAUAGGAUCAGCUCGUUCGAAAGGCUUGCGGCAUCGCAGAACGGUCUGCAGGCGCUGAAGAUGACCCUUCGUGUGAACAUCACGCCGCAAUUCAUGAAUGAGACAGGCUCUCAGCUCCUCUUGUCUCUCGCAUCCGACGAAAUCAAACAACUUUGUGGUGGACAGCUGUUGCGAGAUCUGCUGAUGGUCGUGGUUGACCCGCCGACGUUUUGGGUGGCGCUAGUAGGAGCUUUCCGCAACCGAGGCCUUUCAGAAAACGGCACAAAGGCGUUUGCGACCCUUCUUCAUUUGCUCUUAAUCUCAUUCUCGACUGUUUCCAUUCCAUCAGAUAUCAUUGAAAUAUCCCAAGAAUCUCUCACAGCUGGGGGCGGGCUAUUAGCCUCAUCAAAUUCUGACAUUCGCAGUGUCGCGUACAAAAUUCAAGAUGUGCUCAACAGCAAACGAUCAGGAGUUUACUCCGGGGCUAUCAUCAAGCCUGGCGGCCGUCACGACAACGACUUUGAGGACUAUCGCAAGAUUGCUAUCUUCCCAACCGCUGAUGAGUUUCUCUCAAGGGACCCGGCGUACUACUUGCAAGCUGAUUCAGUUCUCGCUGUAGAACCUGAUAAGCGGGCGGCCGUCCAUGUUGACAACCAGUUUCGUCUCCUGAGAGAGGAUAUGCUGGCAGAAUUACGCGAGGAGCUAAAAGUUGCGAUGGGACGUAAACAAGGGCGGCGAGCCUCUGUGAGUCUGGGAGGAUUGGUGUUUCACGGGAUACAAUGCGGCAGCGACACCAGAAGAAGGCCUGCUUCGAUUGCGCUGCGGUGCUACAAAGGAUUUCCUAAGCUGCCCUACGAUCUGGAGGCUCGUAAGCGCUUCUUUGAAGAGAAUAAAAACAUACUGAAACACGACUCUUUCGGUUGCAUUCUCGCGUCAAAUGAGAUUGUUGCAUUUGCCAUUGUAGAACGAAAUACGGACUUCCUAGCAAAGAGCCCCCCAGUACUAUUACUGCAAGUAUUCGGGGGGUCCGCAAUGCUUAAAACACUACUCACUCUAAAGAUGACUCAUCAAGACAACCUCCAGUUCGUUCAAGUCGACACACCGUACUUCGCGUACGACCCAAUUCUCAGGAGGCUACAACAGAUCACAUCAUUGCCAUUAUCCGGUCAGCUCCUCCAAAGCGAUGACAUCCGUAGCGUAGCUCAAUCACCCUUUGCUCCCCUUGACCUCAUUGAAGAUAUUGAAUCGUGUUCUGGUCAAAAUCUGCGUACGCUCCUCCGUCUCUGUAUCGACGUGUAUCUAGAUCCUUCGCAGAUACAAUCCCUUAUCUCCGGUUUGAAGAACCAGGUGAGCCUGAUUCAAGGACCUCCAGGCACUGGUAAAUCGUUCAUUGGCGCACUACUGAUUAUGGUCCUGUUUCACCAUACCGAUGAGAAAAUACUAGUUCUGACGUAUACGAAUCAUGCACUGGAUCAAUUUCUCGCCGACAUUAUGAAGAUUGGCGUUCCUGAAAGUGUAAUGCUUCGCCUUGGAUCGAAGUCGACGGAGGCAACUAAGCAAUUAUCCCUCUAUGAGCAAUCCUCGUCUUAUCGUCGAACCCAUGACCAGUGGCAUACAUUCAACUCCCGUCGGGAAAGAGUAGACAAUCUCGACGACAGGCUUGAAAAGCAGUCCGCAGAUUUCAGGAACUUGAGAGCACCUAAAGAGGAAAUCAUGAAUUAUCUCGAGUGUUCAGAUGACUAUCACUUCUACAAUGCCCUGAGUGUUCCGAGUAGCGAUGACGGAAUGAGAAGAAUAGGGCGAAAAGGGAAAGAAGUUGACCAAUUCUACCUUCUGGACCAAUGGUUGGCAGGUCAAGAUCGAGGGAUCUUCAAUGAUGCCUCGAAUACAGAAUUCGAAAACGUCUGGCGCAUGGAUGUUGCUGCUCGAAGGGAAUGCUACGAUAGAUGGACACUUGAAUUCUAUAAGGAAGGGGCCACUCUCCUGCAAGAUGUGCUACAUGAUUACAGUGAAGCUUAUGAACAGUUCACUGAAUCAAAAGGACAGAAACAUGCCGAGAUCAUUGCAUCAAAGCGAAUUAUUGGCUGUACUACAACUGCUGCGGCAAAAUACUCAAAGGAGCUGCUCAGUGCAAAACCUGGAAUUGUGUUGGUUGAAGAAGCCGGAGAGAUACUUGAAGCGCAUAUCCUUACAGCACUUUCUGCAAAGACGAAGCAUCUAGUACUGAUUGGCGACCACAAGCAACUUCGUCCAAAGGUGAACAACUAUGCCCUGACUAUCGAGAAAGGUGACGGAUACGACCUCAAUAGAUCUCUCUUCGAACGCCUAGUCUUGAAUGGCUUCCCGCAUUCCACUUUGGCUAAACAGCAUCGCAUGCGCCCUGAGAUUUCUACUUUAGUUAGACGACUUACAUAUCCGAACCUCGAAGACGCAACUAGCACGAUGAACCGGCCAUCCAUCCGUGGACUUCAGUCAAACGUUGUGUUUCUCAAGCAUUCUGUGCCUGAACUCCAACAAGAUAAGAUUAGGGAUCGACGCGAUGAGGGGUCAAAAGUCAGCCGCCAGAAUUUGUAUGAGGCUGAAAUGGUCCUUAAAGUCGUCCGAUAUUUGGCGCAGCAAGGCUAUGGCACCGAUCAACAAGUCGUUCUCACGCCGUAUUUGGGUCAACUAGGUCUUCUGUUGAAAUUGCUCCUGACAGAACAUGAUCCGGUACUGAACGAUCUGGAUUCAUUUGAUCUUGUCAGAGCUGGGUUAGUGCCCAAGGCGAGCGCAUCUGCGAAGAAGACAAAAUUGCGUGUGUCUACAAUUGACAACUUCCAAGGCGAGGAGAGCGAUCUCAUCAUAGUGUGUCUUACACGUAGCAACCCGGAAGGCGAUAUCGGAUUCAUGUCUGCACCUGAGCGGCUUAACGUGCUUCUUUCUCGCGCACGGGAUGGUCUCAUAAUGAUAGGCAAUAGUGAUACCUUUGUGAGCAGCAGGAAAGGCAAGUCGGUUUGGGGCCCUUUCAUGCAGCAGUUGAGUGAUGCUGGCCAAGUUUUUGAUGGCUUACCUGUGAGAUGCCAGCGACACCCUGCCAAAGCUACGGUCUUGAAAACUGGCGAAGACUUUGAGAACGAAUGCCCUGAUGGAGGAUGCUCUGAACCUUGUACCGUCAUACUUAAUUGCGGAAUACACAUUUGCCCCCAAAAGUGCCAUCAGCUGGCUGAUCACUCUAAGGUUGAAUGUACUCAUGUAAUCCAUGAUAAAUGCUCGAAAGGCCACAAAAUGUCGUGGCAAUGCUCGAAAAACACAGCACGUUGCCGGAAAUGUGCAGUCGAGGAUGCAAUACGUGAAAAACAGCGUCAGCGGGACGAAAGACUUACUGCCGAAAGGCAAAGAAGACAAGACGCUUAUGCCCGCGAGUUGGCCACGGUUGACGACGAGAUCGCUCAUGAGCGGCGCUUGCAGAGAGAAUUGAGAGAAGAAACCGAAGAGCAGCGUCACCUACGGCAACGCAAGAAAGAUCUUGAAGAGGCAAAGAAACUCACCACUACAUCUUUGACAACGAAGUCCAUGGCGAAAGAGAAAGAUCAAGUUAGCAGGGUCCAGGACACGCAGGCCCAGUCAUCUACUAGUAAUAACGCUGGGACUAUGGACGACCAGGUGAUUGCGAGCACUUCAGACAAACAUAGCACUAAGCCUCACUCUAAAGCACGCGAAGAGUGGGAGUACCAGAAGAAGCAUGAAAAUGCAGACAGCAAAGAUCUCGAUGACUUGAUGGGGAUGAGUGGGCUAGAGAGCGUCAAAAAUCAGGUGCUUACUAUCAAAACCAAAAUUGACACCUGUAUAAGACAAGGAACUGACUUAAGGAGCGAGCGUUUCGGUGUGUCGCUACUUGGGAAUCCCGGGACAGGAAAGACGACGCUUGCAAGACUGUACGCUCGGUUUCUUGGGAGCGUAGGCGUUCUGCCGGGUACAACCAUCAAGGAGACGACAGGCGCCAGACUUGCCAAUAGCGGAGUAUCUGGAUGUCAAAAGCUUAUCGAAGAUGUUCUCAACGAAGGUGGUGGAGCUGUCUUCAUUGACGAAGCUUAUCAACUGACUUCGGGAUCCGGUAUCGGCGGUACCAGCGUGCUGGACUUCCUCUUAGCUGAGAUUGAAAAUCUCACUGGUAAAAUCGUCUUCAUCUUAGCUGGAUACAACAAACCAAUGGAAAAGUUCUUUGCUCACAACGAGGGUCUUCCAAGCAGAUUCCCCUACUCUUUCGCCUUUGGGGACUAUAGUGAUGAGGAGCUUCGACAGAUCUUCGUCUAUCAGAUACAAAAGCGGUACAAUGGACGAAUGAAGGUUCAAGAUGGCUUGGACGGCCUGUUCGCUCGCAUAUUUGCACGACGUAUCGGGUACCUACGAGGCAAAGAAGGCUUUGGCAAUGCUCGCGCCGUCGAAAACGCCCUUUCGAAGGCUCUUGGCCGUCAGGCUGAACGACUGAAAUUAGAGAGGCGUGGUGGAACCCAACCUGAUGACAAUUUUUUAUCAAAUGAAGACCUGCUAGGACCUAACCCCGGGGAAAAGUUAGAAGAUUGCCAAGCAUGGAAGAAGCUCAAAGCAAUGAUCGGAUUGCAAUCAGUCAAAGAAACUAUCAGUGCACUGAUGGAGAGCAUUCAAUCCAACUAUGAGAGGGAGUUGGCCGAAAAGCCUCUUAUCAAAUUCAAUCUCAAUCGUAUCUUGAUAGGUUCGCCAGGUACAGGAAAAACAACUGCCGCGAAACUGUACGGUCAAGUCUUGGCUGACAUUGGCAUGCUCUCAAGUAGCGAUGUCGUCAUCAAAAAUCCAUCAGAUUUUGUUGGUGAUGUACUUGGAGCAUCAGAAAGGAAUACUAAGGCCAUUCUGGCAGCGACUCAGGGGAAAGUCCUAGUCAUUGACGAGGCUUAUGGUCUUUCUAGUGGUGGCAGCAACAGCGGCAGCGGAGGAGGUUCCGAUAUCUACAAAAGUGCUGUUAUUGAUACCAUAGUGGCGGAAGUACAGAGCGUUCCAGGAGAGGAUCGUUCUGUGCUACUUCUAGGAUACAAAGAGGAAAUGGAGACUAUGCUCCAGAGCGUAAAUCCGGGGCUCAGUCGCCGCUUUCCCAUGGACGAGGCCUUCGUGUUCGAAGACUUUUCUGACGCGGAAUUGGAACAGAUUUUCGAGUUGAAGCUCAAUGCCUCGAGUUUCAGUACUAGUGCACUUGGGAAAGAGACUGCCAUGGGGGUUUUGAAACUAGCACGAAACCGUCCCAACUUCGGUAAUGGUGGAGCAGUCGACAUUUUGUUAAAUACUGCAAUGGGUCGUCACCAACAACGACGUCGGAGAAACCAGAUCAAGGACAAAACAACGCAGUACAUCUUGGAACCCACCGAUUUUGACCCAGACUACAAACGUGGAGGCUCUGUUACUACCAAUGUGCGCAUGUUGUUUCAAGAUGUAGUUGGGUGCGAAGAUCUCAUUGCAAAGUUUGAAGGGUAUCAGCGUAUUACUGCAAACCUCAACUCGCUAGGUGAAGACCCACGCGAAAGUUUACCAUUCAAUUUUCGCUUCUGUGGACCUCCUGGGACCGGAAAAACUUCUACAGCUAGGAAGAUGGGCAAGAUCUACUACGAUAUGGGUUUCUUAGCCACAGCUGAGGUUUUGGAAGUCUCCGCCACUGAUCUUGUUGGUCGGUAUGUCGGAGAAACGGGGCCAAAGACAAGGACGUUAUUUGAGAAAGCCCUAGGCAAAAUUCUCUUUAUCGACGAAGCAUAUCGCCUUGGCGAGGGAUCAUUCGCUACUGAGGCCAUGGACGAAAUCGUUGACUUGCUAACAAAACCAGCUUUUGCGCAGAAGUUGAUUGUAAUCCUAGCAGGUUAUGAUACACACAUCAAGAAAUUAAUGCAAUCUAACCCGGGGCUCUUGAGCCGCUUUCCCGAGACCGUUCAUUUCAAAGGUCUGGAAGUCGAGGACUGCGUCAACCUUCUUUCUGCCAGGCUAAAGAGGAAGAAACACGUCGAUGUUCGAGUCCUAGAGCUACCGGAUAAGAAAUUUGAGACCCAGCUGAAGGCGCGGAUUGGUGAUCUUACAAACACGGAUGGAUGGGCAAACGCGCGGGAUGUCGAGACCUUAGCAAAGAACGUCUACCGGGACGCCAUCAACACAAAGGACAUACAGGGCCAAACUUCUCUCGUCCUAACCGAAGACAUGAUUCUCAAUGCUGUUAAAAGGAUGCUUGCGGAACGCUCUUGUCUUCCUUCUGCUGUACGAGAAGGUCAAUGUCCCAGUCCAGGGGAUUUGCCACCAAUUGAGCCUCAACGGCCAUUAGAGCCUCCUAGGCCUCCAAUAUUCUCUACAGCUCCUCUGGCUUCGACUGAAGUGACGCAUCAAGAACCGCCUCCUCCUACUCCAGAGAAUCAAACAGAUGAGUCCUCAACAAAUCGGGACAGUGGUGUCUCGGAUAUUGUGUGGGCUGAGCUGCAACGGGCGAUCAAAGCUGCUGAGGUACAGAAUGCGUCUUUUCACGAGCUGAUUACAGAGUUCGAGACGUUGCACGCGCAAGUUGAAUGUCUGAAGAAGCAAGAAACAGAAAAUAAUCAGCGACGGCAGCAUGCUGAGAAUGCCGCUAUAUCGCAUGAAGACGAUGCUGAACGUCGUAGAUUCGAACUUGAGCGGAUACAGCGUGUUAAAAAGAUGCAAGAAAUGGAAGAGCAACUGCGAAGGAAAGAGCAGGAACGAAGAAAGAUUGAGGAGCAGAGACAGAAAGAAGCUCAGGCGCAACGGAAGCUGAAGCAAAUGGGGGUAUGUGUCGCAGGUUUCCGAUGGAUCAAGCUGGCAGAUGGGUACAGAUGUGCAGGUGGUACUCAUUGGGUUUCCGACGCAGCGCUUGGCUUAUCGUAAUGACUGCAUGUUCUAUCCAUGUAAGUAAGUGUGGGGUCC